AAUGUAACACUUUCACCUUCACCUCUGAAACGGGCCGGGGUCUUCCCCUUCGCGAGCUCCAAAUAAAGCCCGGGCGGGAGCACCGAAGCGCUUAUGCCAAUCCGAACACCAACACUCGCUAGUCUCUACUGUCUAGUAACUAGUCACUUGGUCACUGACCACUAGUCCCGCUCCACGCACGCGCAGAGAAUCAGAGAUGGGCAACGCCGGGUGGAGGCGCUCCAAGAACGACGUCGUCACCGAGGCGGCGGCUCCCCCGUCGUCGAGGCGCGCGGUCGUCAUCACCGCGCGCAAGCAGCGGCGAGACGACGACGUCGCUGAUGAUAAGGAGGAACAGACGACGUGUGCGGGGCGACGUCGUGCUCGUGCAGGAGGCGUCCCGCCGCGGGCCGGCGGCGGCGGCGGCGCGGCCCCGGCAGCCGGCUCGGUGGCAGUGACGGUGAAGGUCGUGAUGAGGAGGAAGGACGCGGAGGCGCUGGCGGCGAGGCUGAAGGCGCAGGGCGCGCGGGCGCGCAAGGCCAGGAUGGCGGAGCUCAGGGGCGAGCUCCGGGCCGCCGCCGGCGAGCUCCGGGCGCCGUGCCGGCGGGACGCGUGCUGGAGCCUGCAGCUCGCGCCGAUAAGCGAGAAGUAGCUUUAGUGCACAAAAGUGGUGUGACACCAGCUAGUUCGAGCGCCGGAGAUUGCUUGGAAGUUUGGUCGCCCGUGUCCUAGUAGACUGACUCCUAGUUGCCGUUUCAGUUGAGUGUGUAUGCAAGUGUGGUUGGUGACCCGGCCGUGUGUCUGUACUCUGUACAUGUAGCGGAAAGAGGUGGCCACUAGUUAGUCGGAUCACCGUAUAUAUACGUUGUCUACCUUCAGUAUGCUCUUCUCAUAUCCACCAUGUAUCCCCUGGUUCGUUACCAAAAUGG